ACUGUGAGCAGAGAGAGAGAGAGAGAGAGAGAGAGAGAGAGAAAUGGGUAGAAGACCUUGCUGUUCCAAGGAAGGCUUGAACAGAGGAGUUUGGACUCCUCUUGAAGACAAAAUCCUUACAGAUUACAUUAGGAUCCAUGGAGAGGGGAGAUGGAGAGAUCUUCCUGAGAAAGCAGGUCUCAAGAGAUGUGGAAAGAGCUGUAGGCUUCGCUGGUUAAACUAUUUGAGACCAGAUAUUAAGAGAGGUAACAUAUCUCUUGACGAAGAAGAACUCAUUAUCAGACUUCACAAGCUCUUGGGCAACAGGUGGUCACUCAUAGCAGGGAGGCUUCCAGGAAGAACAGACAAUGAAAUCAAGAAUUACUGGAACACUAGUUUAUCGAAGAAGGUUAAAGGCCACGAAACCUCUUCUGGUUCGACACAAAAGCACUCGAUCCAGUUUGAUGAUAAGGAGAAAUUGAAGAACAAGAAGAAGAAGACGAGGACAAUAAUGGAAUCAAGUGUGAUCCGAACCAAGGCUUCGAGGUGUAACCGGGUUUUUCUCAGUACUACUACUCUACAACCAACCACUAACCAAGAAGUUGCUGAACAUGGUAGUAGUAAUAGUAAUAAAAAAGCCCCAUUAUUAGAACCAGAAAAUGUAGUAAUUGAACCCUCCAAGUUAUUCAAUCCAAUGGAAGAAGAAGAAGAAGAUGAUUCAUCACUAAGUCUUAUGAUAGAUCUUGACUGCUGCUGUGAAUUCUCUGAUCUUCUCAAUUCAGAAUUGGGUGAGGGAAGCUGUGAUGGUAACAGUGAUGAUCAAUCAUUGCCUUCUUUGGAUCAACCAUUCCUGUGUCCUGAAACAGAGGAGGAAAAGCUGCUGGAUGACUGGACCAUGAGCCAAUGUAUUAAACCGGAUUUGGAUUUCCCAUCUUUUACUUCUAUCCUGGGUCAAGUAGAGAGUUGGUUAGAAGAUUGUUAA